UUUAGGCCAUGUGCUAGGGGUCUACAACCAAGUGCAGUUCAGUAGAGGUGCGGGGUGGGGGUUCUGCGUUGGCAGAGGCUUUUGUACCGAGGCUUACGAGAGUGAAUCAGGUCUGCUAACAGAGUGACAGAUUCCCCUGAAACACAGAAUAGCAGACGAGAUGCCGUCUCCCAGGGUUCUGAAGUCUCACCUUCCUGGCCAACUCUUGCCUGCCCAAAUCUGGGCGAAAGAAGUCUAAGAUCGUCUACGUCAUCCGCAACCCCAAGGACAUGAUAGUGUCCUUCUACCACUUCGAGCAAAUGUUGAAUUUAAAGGGCUCAGGUCAAUCCUUCGCGGAAUAUUUGGAGUACAGGAAUUCUACCAAAGCGAGCUAUGGAUCGUGGUGGGAUCACUACUUGUUUUUCUGGAAGAGGAGGGAGGAGCCAAAUAUCCUUUUGCUGCGGUUCGAAGAUUUAAAAAAAGACCUACGCGCAAAGGUGGAGCAAAUCAGCCGAUUCCUGGGCAAGGACCUGCCGGCUGAAACGCUGGACGCUGUCACGGAGCACUGCACCUUCGCUAACAUGAAGGAGAAUCCCAUGACGAACCCCGAUACGCUGUAUGCACCCAGAGAUAAGCUGGAGAGCACCUUCAUGCGGAAAGGAAAGAGCGGGAACUGGAAGACGCACUUUACCGUUGCUCAAAACGAAGCCAUGGACGUCCUCAUCGAGGAGAAACUUCGUGGCACCGGACUAACCUUCGAUCACUAGUUGAGCAAAUCUCAACAACAGAGCGGCACUCGGAAACCUCUCUCUCGAUACCAGCCUGGCAAGGCUAUAAAGGUGGUUUUUUUUUUGUCCUGAGGCUCAGGCCGGAGUGUUUGAAGUUAUGUAUUUAACAGGACUGUGGGUAUGGGCAACGAGCUGGACCAAGAGAGGGCGCUAUUUUCUUGGCAACGGAGGAUCCGUUGGUUGGAACUGAACUUGCUCGUUCACUUAUAACAACUCGGAAAUGCACGCGUGACAAACUCACGGUGGCAUCGCUAGCAACAAAAUGAACACUGCCAGCCAACAUUGCCCUUUCCAAUCGAUGAGGAGGUGCUUCUGCUCUGGGCAGAUACCUGACACAGGCUUAGCUUUGAUCUUCAUAGCAUGCACCAUACAUUCAUUAUUGUAUGUAGGCUAAUUGGAAGUCCGAGAUGUCGAUAACUGAAUUUACAUCCGGGGAGAUCAGAAUAACGAGGGUUCAGAUCUUCAUAUAAAGGCUUUGGAUAUCAGGGAAGUAACUUCUCAGGAAUCUAGAACUUUCAGUUUAAAAGUGGAAUCAGGACUUAGUAGGUUUGGAAAUUGUGGAAUCCAUUUAUCGGUGUUUUUAGUACAAUCAGUUCUUUUAAUUACCUUGUUAUUUAAUUGUCGAAAUGGUGUACUGAAUUGAUUUAAAUGGGUAGCAACAUACAUAUACGGUUUUCUCUGGUCUUGUACUGGUAAUUUUGUCUUCCAUUUUAUUUGCAUCUCAAAUUCCUUCAAGUGCCAUUUUUAGACGUCUUUUAAAUAAUUUUGUGUAAUUGUAUUGUUUUUAUGGUGCACUCUGAAGUGGUGUAUCAGGUCUCUGGAUUUCAGUAUUGUUUGUGGUGCCCCUGGCCCAUCGCCGAGUAUUUUUUCAAUAAUUAAGAACACAGAAUAUGUUUAAGCCAUUUAAAAUCGUAGGUUGGUGAAAGUGAAAUGAGCAUCUUUGUAAAAUUUGAAAAAUUUUUCAAACCCCAGUUUUCAUUCAGCCAGUCUGUCCAAACUAAAACUCGAGAAAGCCAAUAAGCCAAUGCAAAAUAUAAAAAAUAAAGUGAUGAAGUGGCGGUAACUGGUAACUUGAUGUUUUUAAUUGGGAAGGUAACAGGUGUCACACAAAAAGAAUAAGGACAAACCUUCCUGUCUUCCAUAAAUGACUUGAAUAAUGGGGAACGGUGCAGUUAGGUAUUGACUUUACACCUCUGUAAAUCAUUUAUUUUGCAAUAUUUAUAUUUCAGUUCUAUUUCUAUUCUCUAAAUUCAGAGAACAACUGUGUAAUCCAGCCAUUAAUUUAAACGUUUGCAAUAAAAUGUUUCGGCUGUGGCAGCCACACACUGAA